UGUGGGGGAUCCAACAUGGCGGCCGCGGCGACCCUGACGAUGGCGGUGAAGCCCAUCAGAACGUAGUAGCGGGGAAGGGGACACGGUCCGCACUCACCGUGGCGUCGGCGGAGACGGCUGAGGGUGGUGGAGGGAAGAAAAGCGACGGAGAGCAAGAGGAAGGGCGGGCAGGCACGCAGCGCGGCGUAGAAGCGAACGCCGGCUCGAGCUAAAGCAGAGGGCCAGAACAGUGGGGAUGGCGGAGCCGCGCAGAGUAGCGUUCAUUAGCUUGUCACCGGUGCGGCGGCGCGAGGCCGAGUACCCGGGGCCCGAGCGCGAGCCCGAGUACCCCCGCGAACCCCCCCGGCUGGAGCCGCAGCCGUACCGCGAGCCGGCCCGGGCGGAGCCGCCGGCCCCGCGGGAGCCUGCCCCCCGCUCGGACGCGCAGCCCCCGCCGCGGGAGAAGCCGCUCCCCCAGCGCGAGGUCAGCCGCGCCGAGCCACCCAUGUCGCUGCAGCGCGAGCCCCCGCGGCCGGAGCCGCCGCCGCCGCUCCCGCAGCUGCCCUUGCAGCCGCCCCCGCCGCGGGAGUCGGCUUCCCGGGCUGAGCAGCCGCCGCGGCCGCCGAGGGAGACGGUGCGCCUGGAGCUGGUGCUCAAGGACCCCACCGACGAGAGCUGCGUGGAGUUCAGUUACCCGGAGCUGCUGCUGUGCGGAGAACAACGGAAGAAGCUCAUUCACACAGAAGACCCAUUUAAUGAUGAACAUCAGGAGAGGCAAGAGGUGGAAAUGCUGGCUAAGAAAUUUGAAAUGAAAUAUGGUGGGAAACCCCGUAAACACCGGAAGGAUCGGCUACAAGAUUUAAUUGAUAUAGGCUUUGGCUAUGAUGAGACAGAUCCAUUUAUUGAUAACUCAGAGGCUUAUGACGAAUUAGUUCCCGCUUCUCUAACAACAAAAUAUGGAGGCUUUUAUAUCAACACUGGCACUCUACAGUUUCGCCAAGCUUCAGAUACUGAAGAAGAUGAUAUUACAGACAACCAAAAGCACAAGCCACCCAAAGUCCCCAAAAUAAAAGAAGAUGAUAUUGAGAUGAAGAAGCGGAAGCGGAAAGAGGAAGGGGAAAAGGAGAAGAAGCCAAGGAAAAAAGUACCCAAACAACUGGGAGUUGUGGCUCUAAAUUCACACAAGUCUGAAAAAAAGAAGAAACGUUAUAAAGAUUCUCUUUCUCUGGCUGCCAUGAUCAGAAAAUUCCAGAAAGAGAAGGAUGCAUUAAAGAAGGAGUCUAACCCCAAAGUCCCAGUGACCUUGUCAACCCCCUCUCUAAAUAAACCCCCAUGUGCUGCUGCAGCACUGGGGAAUGAUGUCCCGGACUUAAAUCUGAGCAGCACUGAUCCAGACCUUCCCAUUUUUGUUAGCACAAAUGAACAUGAGCUGUUUCAGGAAGCUGAAAAUGCCCUAGAGAUGCUAGAUGAUUUCGACUUCGACAGAUUACUGGAUGCUGCUUCUGAUGGUAGCCCCCUAUCUGAAUCGGGGGGUGAAAAUGGAACCACCACCCAGCCAACCUACACUUCUCAGGUUAUGCCCAGAGUGGUACCUACACUCCCAGAGGGUCUACCUGUACUUCUUGAAAAACGUAUUGAAGACCUUCGUGUAGCUGCCAAACUUUUUGAUGAAGAAGGAAGGAAAAAAUUCUUUACACAGGAUAUGAAUAAUAUUCUUCUGGACAUUGAGUUACAGCUACAAGAACUAGGCCCCGUCAUUCGCAGUGGUGUCUACUCCCACCUUGAAGCUUUUGUGCCAUGCAAUAAAGAAACACUAGUAAAACGUCUAAAGAAGUUACAUCUCAAUGUCCAGGAUGAUCGUUUAAGAGAACCUCUGCAAAAACUGAAACUGGCGGUUAGCAAUGUCAUGCCUGAACAGCUAUUUAAAUACCAGGAGGACUGCCAGGCUCGUAGUCAAGCUAAGUGUGCCAAAUUGCAUACAGAUGAAGAACGUGAAAAAAAUGGAUCCGAAGAAGAUGAUGAUGAGAAACCAGGAAAACGUGUCAUAGGACCAAGAAAGAAAUUCCACUGGGAUGAUACCAUCAGAACUUUGUUAUGUAACCUUGUUGAGAUCAAAUUGGGAUGCUAUGAGUUAGAACCAAAUAAAAGCCAGUCUGCUGAAGAUUAUCUUAAGUCUUUUAUGGAGACAGAGGUGAAGCCCCUGUGGCCUAAGGGCUGGAUGCAGGCAAGAAUGCUUUUUAAGGAAAGCCGGAGUGUUCAUAAUCAUCUUACUUCUGCUCCGGCAAAGAAAAAGGUGAUUCCUGCACCUAAACCCAAAGUAAAGGAGGUGAUGGUAAAGACCCUUCCUCUCCAUUCUUUCCCCACUAUGCUUAAGGAGUAUAGUCCAAAAAAGGACCAGAAAACUCCGGCAUCCCUGGUGGCUUCGGUUAGCGGUCCUCCAACGAGCUCCAGCACAACUGCUGUUGCUGCAGCCAGCUCUAGCUCUGCACCAGCCCAAGAAACCAUCUGCCUCGACGACUCACUAGAUGAAGACCUUUCUUUCCAUUCACCUUCACUGGAUCUUGUUUCUGAAGCUUUAGCGGUUAUCAACAGUGGGAACAAGGGCCCUCCUGUUAGCUCAAGGAUAAGCAUGCCAACCACAAAGCCUCGUCCAGGACUGAGAGAAGAAAAAUUAGCUAGUAUCAUGAGUAAGCUGCCACUGGCUACUCCCAAAAAACUAGAUUCUACUCAGCCUACACAUUCUUCAAGUCUUAUUGCUGGUCACACAGGGCCAGUACCAAAGAAACCCCAGGAUUUAGCUCAUACUGGCAUCUCUUCAGGCCUUAUUGCUGGUUCUUCCAUUCAGAACCCUAAAGUUUCUUUAGAACCUUUGCCAGCCAGGCUACUUCAACAAGGACUUCAGAGGUCAAGCCAGAUUCACACUUCUUCCUCUUCACAGACCCACGUCUCCUCUUCUUCCCAAGCCCAAAUUGCUGCCUCUUCUCAUGCUCUGGGAACAUCCGAGGCCCAAGAUGCUUCUUCAUUAACACAAGUAACAAAGGUGCACCAGCAUUCAGCUGUCCAGCAGAACUAUGUGUCUCCAUUACAGGCCACCAUCAGUAAAUCCCAGACCAACCCUGUGGUGAAGUUAAGUAAUAAUCCCCAACUCUCCUGUCCCUCCUCGCUUAUUAAGACUUCAGAUAAGCCACUUAUGUACCGCCUUCCUUUAUCUACCCCCUCACCUGGAAAUGGUUCUCAAGGGUCCCACCCCCUGGUUUCUAGGACAGUACCUAGCACCACUACCUCCAGUAACUAUUUAGCCAAGGCUAUGGUGUCACAGAUCUCCACGCAGGGUUUCAAAUCUCCCUUCUCAAUGGCUGCCUCCCCAAAACUUGCCUCAUCUCCCAAGCCUGCCACAUCUCCUAAACCCCUGCCCUCGCCUAAGCCUUCUGCCUCACCCAAGCCCUCUCUGUCAGCUAAGCCUUCAGUAUCAACUAAACUUAUUUCUAAAUCCAACCCGACUCCCAAGCCUACUGUAUCCCCAAGUAGUUCCAGUCCAAAUGCACUAGUAGCCCAGAGUAGCCACUCCAGCACUAACAACCCGGUCCAUAAACAGCCCAGUGGAAUGAACAUCAGCAGACAGUCUCCCACCUUGAAUUUAUUGCCCUCUAAUCGCACUUCAGGCCUUCCAUCUACAAAAAAUCUUCAGGCCCCCUCAAAGCUAACAAACUCAUCAUCCACUGGAACUGUUGGGAAGAAUAGCUUGAGUGGAAUUGCAAUGAAUGUACCUGCCAGCAGAGGUAGCAACCUUAACUCAAGCGGAGCUAAUAGGACUAGUCUAUCUGGGGGAACAGGAAGUGGAACACAGGGUGCUACCAAACCAUUGUCUACUCCACAUAGACCAUCCACUGCCUCAGGGUCUUCAGUGGUAACAGCCAGUGUGCAGUCCACAGCAGGAGCAUCAUUAUUGGCUAAUGCCUCACCUCUGACUCUCAUGACAUCACCUUUGUCUGUAACAAAUCAAAAUGUGACUCCUUUUGGGAUGCUGGGUGGCCUUGUUCCAGUGACCAUGCCCUUCCCGUUUCCCUUGGAGAUAUUUGGCUUUGGAACGGACACAGCUGGAGUGACAACCACCUCGGGAUCUACCUCAGCCGCUUUCCACCAUAGCCUAACUCAGAAUUUACUCAAGGGUUUACAGCCAGGAGGAGCCCAGCAUGCAGCAGCGCUUUCCCACUCACCUCUGCCUGCACACUCACAGCAAGCAUUUCACGAUGGAGGCCAAAGUAAAGGGGACACUAAAUUACCACGGAAAUCUCAGUGACUGCCCAGCAAGCAAAGGAGACGAAAUGUUUAGUUGACUGAUGGAAUCUACCUGAUGGGAAAGUACUUAUGUGGUCAUAGGGCUGCUGUUUCUGUCGAUGUUUACAUUCUCUCGUCCCAAGCACUGUGGUGAGGAGGAAAAAGAAAACAUUACUUGAGCAAAGCCAGGUGCAGGAGGAAGAAAUGCUUUUGUGCAAAGUUAGUGACCUUUGGUCUCUUCUAAAGAAUGACAAAGUUACCGUAUUAAUAGACUUGAAAGAGACUCAGUUGUCAAACCCACAGAAAUACAAAUUUGAUUUUUCCCGGGGGAGGAAGAAGGAAGUCAAGAGAAUUUGGGUAAACUCCAUCCAUCCUGGGGGUUGGAUCUGAACACUUAAUAGACAUAAUUGCUAAUAAAAGGCAUUAAAAACUGGAAUUAGGCCAGUUUGUCAGGAAUAAUGAUCAUGUCUAUUUGAGUGGACUGUGUAGCAAAUUUGCCACAAAAAAUAAUAACAAUAGUGAUUCUAUCUCCGAUAUACAGUAGCUGAAGAAAUACCAUACCCUCAAAAAUCCUGAACAAACUUGAAUCUUCUCCAGUGUGUAGCAACUCCCCUAAAUCAGUGGACUAAAGAUCCUUCAGGAAGUUAUUUUAGCACAGUGAUAUAUAUUAUUAAAUCAUCUAGAUUUUUAAAAAUCAGGAAGUUGAGCCUGUUGCUCUUAAGAGAUGAAACCUAGAUGUCCCCUUUUUGUAAAAGGGUCAAUUUCAUCUUCCAUUCAGAAGCAGGUACUUAACUCUUUUCUUCAGGUGAUUUGUGCAUCUAGUAUUGACUGGUUAAUUCUUAUUUCCAUUCUUGAUGUUAAAAUGUGACUGUGUUCACAUUUUUCUCUUGAGAAAUGGGGAUCUUUACAGGGUUAUUGCUUUGCUGCUAUUAGCCCUUGCAGCAACGUAAACUCUUAAGUUUCCCCAAUUCAUCUAACUUCACAACUUCUCCUUCUGUUCUUUUAGCUAGUGGUCCUUCAGGUGAUUAUUAGCUAUUGGUAUAAACAGGUAGAAGUGUACACUAUGUUUCUUCAUUGGUCAUUCAAAUGGCAUGAAUAUAGUUUUCGAAUUUUUAAGAUGGUAUUUUAAAGGGAGGAAUCACAUUAGGAUCACAAUCACAAUGUAUUUUUACUCCUUGUAUCCAGUGUAGUGAAAUUGUUUGGAGCAUUUGAGAUCUUAAAGCUUUACUAAUAUUUACUCAGUGUAUUGAUAUGUGAGUAAAUCUGCAGAAAAUAAGACUCCUUAGUUAUUAUAGCUUCCUUAUGCAAAUAGCAUAUUCAACAAAGGAUGUUAAGGGAAAAAUUUAUGGUUCUCCUUGGAUGCAUUUGAUUUGACGUUUUUUGGUUUUUUGUUUUUUUUUGCUGUAUUAUUCUAGUUUUUUAAGCUUCUCUAUAUUUUCAAACUAUAUCAGAGAAUGGUGUAAACUCUAAAUGGUAUAAGCCUGAUCCAUUUAUAAUGACACACUAACCUAAAAAAAUCAAUAGAUGGUAGUGGCAACGUUUCUUGCAUAUAUGUUUAUUACACAUUACCCUAUACCAUUAGAUUACUCAAUUAAGAGUAUUAACCAGGCCCUUUUUUCUUUUAUACGCAAAAGUCCCAGAUAUCCUACAGGACUGUGAAUAAAUAACCACAGAUCUGUUUAGAUCUGUAUGCCUAUAUUUUGACUUCAAAGUCACAUUGGCUUGCUUCCUAGCAAAAAAGUUAAUAAAUAACUGAAAACUUUAGUUCCAAGAACUUGUUACAGUAAAGGGAAAGGAUUAUUUCAAAGGAAUCACUGAUAUGAUUUCUUGACUCUUAAGAAUUUAGUUUAUCAAUAAAACAAAUAUGGAUAUAGUAUGAACCCCAGUAGAUAAUUUUGGAAGGAUACUGGAAGGAUGUCGCAGAGAAGUUUGACUUGAAUUCAGUAUGUUUGAUGAAGAUUUGCUUGGUUUCAGUUAGGGAAGCUUGCCCAAUUUUUUUAUUUUUUCAGAUGUAGUGGACCUCUUGCUUUUACGAAAAUUGAAUAAAAAGGUCUUUGCUUAAUACUAGGGGAAGUGAUGAGAUUUUCCUUUGGGAAGGUAACUUUUGUUUUGCUUCUCAUACCACAAGAGAAGUUGAAGUGCAUAUUAAUCUCUUUUCCGGAAUACUUGUAUAUAUGUGUGUAUGUAUAUAUGUGUGUAUGUAUACACACAUAUAUACAUACAUAUACACAUAUAUAUACAUACACACAUAUAUUCAUACAAAUGACUAGUUUGAGUCAAAAAAUCAUUUGAAUUUCUUAAAACCAUCAAUUCUGAAUCAUGCCAUGUGAAGAUCCCUGGUGACUCUCAUCAUUAGAAAAGAACAGGAUAAUCAGUUCUUUUCCCUGUAACAUUUUAUACUAACGAGUAAAAAUAUCUGAAGGCCCUUGGCUCCAAGAAUAUAAUAUGGAGAUUCUUCUGUGUUCUCUUUAGUCUUGAUUCCUUGAGGACUGCUGUCAAAUCCCUACUUUAAACCCCCAUCUGCACUGACAACUUACAUUCAUUUCAGUCAGGACCCCUCUUUUAUGUUGUAUGAAUCAGUCAAACAUCCUUGUAUUUCUGUAUAGAUAAAGCAUGAUCAGAGAGUUUCUACAUGUAAAUACUAAUCUAUUUCUUUUCUAGACCAUAACAUUGAAAAAGGUGCCCAUACUUUAUGGUCACCUGUCUUUACUGUUUUUAUUACUAAAAACAAACAUAUAAAUUGGUUAUUUUUUAGCACAGAGACUUGUGACUCAUACUGUAUUUUUGCACUUAAAAAUCAAAUUAUGUUAUUUUUUAAAAUGGUGAGUCAUUGGAAAGGAUAUCUAUAGAGCAACGUGUAUUUCUGAAGAGCAUUAGCAACAUCCAAAUGCAAAAAUAAUCAGCACACAUGAUUAUAUCCCACUCCUCGGGAUUCUUGAUUCAGGAAGAUUAAGCUGUUUGUUUUCAACUGUUUUAUAUUUUAAAUUGCCUUCACUGAUAUAUAAGCUGUUACUGUACAUACAAGUUAAUCCUCAGUAUUCACAAGCAAUAACAGUCAGCAGAGUUGUCCUUGGAGAUAGCUGUGCUGAGCCUCAGUUGGAGACUGGGAGCAAAGUGUCAAGCUCAUUCAGAGCAUCCAGAAUAAAUGCAAGCAAUAAUUUCCACUAUAAGUCAAUUAUAAUUCUUGUAUGCUUUUGAGGUCGGAGGGUAAAUGAAAUCAUGAUUUUAAAACAGCCUGAAGGAAAAGGUUUUGGGAAAGGAAAUGAGGCUAAUCUGUAGUCAUAAAAUUCUAAUACUUUGUGGGAAUUAGAAGAUGGUGAUAGUGCAUUCUUUCGUGCCCACCACCCCUCUGAUGGAUGUUGUUAGCCCAAAUUACAUUUUUCAUAUCAUGGACAUUGAAUAGGGUUUAUUGAAUCACAAAGGUAAGGGGAAGAACCGGGCACAUAUGUGUUGGAAUACUGUGGGUUUGACACCUGGUUGAAAACAACUUAUUGGACAUGAUUUUUAACCCAGGAUUUUUUUUUUUCCCAAAGCAGAUCUAAAUUGUUUACUACCCAGGGUUGGAAAGGGCAGGCACCUCUAACAUAGUCUUUCUCCUCUGGUUGCCCUCUCCCACACCCCUUUCCACCUAUACUUGGUUCAAGACAUUUUCUGAAACAAAAAUUCUACUGUUAUUCAAACUGCCAUUGGUUAUGAGAACUCUGUGUCCUUUGGGAUCAUCUCUUAGAACUCCAGUGAUCUAUCAUAUUUGCUGCUACAUUUGUAAAAUGAACUUUGCCUGUAUUGGUUGACUUUAAUCUAAUUUACAGUUCUUUAUUUCUAGGAUGUUCUGUCCUCUAAUUUGACUCAUGUAUAGAAUUAGGAUACUUUAUUUUAGGAGUGUAUCAUAAAAGCACACUGGUCCCUAUGUUGUUUUUAUUAUUUAGGUUUGGAAUUUCUGUUUGCUUUUUUGUUUUUUGUUUUGUUUUUUUAAAGUUGGAAAUAGAAGAAUGAGAAAAAUCUAUAAUCAGGCCAAACUUGAGAACUGUCCUGUGCUUCAGCACUGUAAUUCUGCUGACCUAAUGUUCUCAAAAGGGCACUUUUAUUUUCUGUUGUGCAUGUAUGAUUGUUGUUUUUUGCUUUUGGGGGGGCUUUUGUGUUUGUAAUAAUGAAGCAGAAGAAAAGUGCAGUAGUAGAUAAAUGACUGAUCACAAACAUGUUAUGCAAUUUUAUUUUAUAAAAUUUUAAGGGGAAAAGUUUAACUCUUUGUAAAUCAUUUCUUAGCUCUGGUAAAAUGCUUAUAUUACUCCUCUAAAACAUGCUCAAUUCAGGCCUUUGUCUUUGUUAAGUGCCUUUUUUCUUUCUUUUUUCCCCUCUUUUGAAACUGUUGUCAGAUUAUCUUAAAGUACAGACUGAUAAGUCAGGGGAUUGAGGAGGAAGAAUCUCACACUUGCCAACGUCAUGUCAUGCUGUAACCCUCUUCCUUUUCUUGCUAUGUAUAUGGAUAUAUAUGUAAGAUACAUACAUUACAUAUAUAUAAAACUAGGAGCUGCUGUACCAUUGCAUCCUUUCCAAACACUCCCCUUUCAGUGUUUGCAAAACUUCUGCCUUGUUUAUUCCAUUGCUUUUAGUUGAUUAAAGUGGGUGGAUUAGAAAAGUAUCUUUUCGGCCUGGCGCGGUGGCUCACACCUGUAAUCCCAGCUCUUUAGGGGGCCGAGGCGGGCGGAUCAUGAUGUCAGGAGAUGGAGACCAUCCUGGCUAAUACGGUGAAACCCCAUCUUUACUAAAAAUACAAAAAAUUAGCCGGGCGUGGUGGCAGGCGCCUGUAGUCCCAGCUACUCGGGAGGCUGAGGCAGGAGAAUGACGUGAACCCGGGAGGCGGAAGUUGCAGUGAACUGAGAUCAUGCCACUGCACUCCAGCCUGGGCGACAGAGCAAGACUCCGUCUCAAAUAAAAAAAAAAAAAAAAGAAAGAAAAGAAAAGUAUCUUUUCACAAGAGGCCAUCUUUGCCCUUUGAAUAUCUGCUUGUAGAAGUUGACAAUAACAACACACACACACACGUCAGUUACUACAAGUAAAAUAAACUUAGUGAAUCAUUGACUAUUCUUGGAUGUAACCCACUUUUCUUUGCUCUUUAAUCUUGGCAUAAGUAAUACAGGAGAAAGCAUUGGAAUAACAAGAGUACCUUGCAAGUCACAUUGGUAAGGUGCGCUAGAUUAAACAUGCGAGAAGGCUAGUGUUAGAACCAUGAUAUGGUAUCUGAAUAAGUUUAGAAGGAAGUUAGCAACUUGCAAUGUUAAAAAUGUAUCAUAUUUUCUUCUGGAAAAUGAUUUUUGAAGAAAUCAUAUAGCUGCAUAUCUAUCUGUUAAAAGGUUAAUAAACUCAGAAGUAGAAAGACUUCAGAUGCUGAGGAAAACAUUCAUAUAAUCUAUAGCAUUCUUGAGAGAUUUUCCAUUUGCAUUUUAUUUGCUAGAUAAUUACAUUUGGCUUAAUCUGAUUUUAUUGUUAUUUAGAUUUCUCCGUUGAGCAAAAUAACAUAAUUUUCAGUAUCUGAGAUUCAUCGAUUUCUUGUUGAAAACAAAUAGACAUGUUAAGGGAGACCAAGUUGAACCAUCCCUCAAACCCAGUACUAAUAUACCUAGUAAGUGCCCCCUUUUCAAUACAUUCUAAUUGGAAAGAAGAGACUAGUGGCUUAAAAGGAAAAAGCAGAAGCUCCUGGUAGUGUUACCUGAUAGCAAAACUUGCCAGGCAGUUGGAAUUCACAAGUGUUAUUCUUGAGUGACUAUGUCUAGGGGGAAUAUCGUUUAACCUUCGUGCCUCAGAUUACCCAUUAGACAAUUGGGUAUAAUCAUAUUCACCUACCUCCCAGGGAUAUCAGAGACUUUACUAUUUCAAAAAUAUUUUGAGUUUUUGUAAAAUGUCCUAUAUAAUUAAAAAUAGUAUUAUCAUCUUCCUGCAGAGGCUAGAAAAUGUUUUCCUUAUAAUAAGUAUAAAAAGCACCCUAUGAUUUUUAAAUUAAAAAAUCACUGGAAUUUUAAUUUAGAUACGUAUUUGUUAUUUAAACAUUAUCUUUGAAGUGGGAUAAAAUGUUUAGUUUCAGGUUAACAAGGGAGAGAGAUAACACUAAGUUUAAGUAGUUUUUGGUUUUUUUUUUUUUUUAGCCUUUUACGGUGUUAUUGUGAUUUUUGUCAAGGUUAUGGAGCUAAAGUUAGAUAAAGUUAUGAUGCUUGGUUGUUGGAGUUGAUAAAUGAUCCUGGAAGAUUUAACUGCCUCACUUUCCCAUCUUCUCAGUCUAAUUUCCUUUUAUUGCUUGUUUGGGGACGGAGAGCUAAGCUUUUUAACUUUCUAAGAAUGAGUAGGAUGUCUCCUCAUUCUUGCAAAUCAGAGAUUGUGUACUAAUUCCAUUAACUGUAGGUGUAUCCAGCUCUGCACUGAAGAGGUGAACACUACACACAGCCAGCUGGGUACUCUUGUAGCCAUUGCACCUUUGUAAUUCAUGCUUCUUCAACCCGUGAAAGAGGUGGAGCCAUCAGCUGCUCAGGUUGUAAGAAAAUGGGAGACGGAAGGCAGGAUUCACUUUCUAACUGGGUCGGGGUGGGGAAGGUCAGGGUAGAAGGAAACAUGUUUCUCCCAGCUCCCAGGAAGAGAUGAAGAUCAUUUUAUCCUGCCUUCCAUCCCUGCAUAUUAAGUAGUACUACUACAUAGAAUUUUCCCAUUAUCAUUGAAAAUAGUAACAACAGGAAAAAAAAUGGAUGCUGCAGUUUUAGUUGGGGUAAAUGCUGAGCAAUGAUUGUUGGAGUGUAUGUGUAAAUUUAAAUUGUAGCACAUAUUCAGGGUCAGGAAAGGAGAAUGUGGGGGAUGAGGAACCAAUUUUAUCAGGUUCAAGUGAGUCAGUAGAAAGCACCAGGUCCAAGCAGGCAAAGCAUCUGGUUAAUUUCCAGAAUUGGGUAAGGUCCAUUGAAUCUCUAAUGAUAGGAGUGUGUGUGUGUGUGUGUGUGUGUGUGUGUGUGUGUGUGUGUCUUUUUGGGUUUUUGUUGCUUUUUCCAGAUAAGGCCUUAGUUAGUAGCCUCUAAAUAUCAACUAUGCAGACAAACAUACUUCUUUUUUUUUUCACAUUUCCCUGUCUUUUCCAUUCUCAGAUAACAAAUGUUAAGACCCAAAGAAAUAAGGCAUAAGGGUUUUUGUUGAAUGUGUGUGUGUUCCUCUAGGGAAAAUUAACAGAAGCAUAAAAUAGAGAUACUUUGUGUGUUCAUCUAUCCUAAAAUGUGAACUCUGCAUUCAAAGACUAUCUACAGAUCCUUUCACUGGUGCAAAGCUGUAGUUAGCAUCAUGGAAUGUCUUUGGGUUGUUAAUGAUAAAAUCAUCCCAGUGUUCAAUUCUGAGAGUUUUAGAUUAUAUGACACAAUGUUCAGGUUUAUAGAGCUGAAUGGGUGGUCAAACUCUAAUUAAAAAUAGCUUUGAAUAUUAAUGUUGAAUUCUUCUUUCUUGGUUUCCUGUAGUCUUCAUUCUUUAUUCAGAGCUCUUAAUCAUAUUGCUACUCUAGAAUUUGAGUUGUAUAUUAGGAGUCUGGGGAGGAAAGGUUAAAUUGUCUUUUAUAUCCUCUUCUCACUCACUCUGGCAACCUAUCCUGUGUGCCCAUAGAACUGAAAAGUAAAGCCCUGUGCAGGCCUGCUUUAGAAGACUGUUUACAUCCCAGCAGAGGACUCGGGUAGGGACUCUCUUAGGAUUUUAAUCAGACUGCCUUUGAAUAAUGUGAUAUUAAAUUUUAUUUUUCUCAUAGACUCUCAAAGUACCACUUGCUUGAAAGGAGCUACUUGUGAUCUUUAAUUUCCUCAUAUUGUAAUAGUUCUACUUCUCAGUCUUUCCUGUGUAUCUCCAUUUCAUAGUGGGUUAGUACUUAAACUUCCGACACUUUUCCAAACUGUUAAGUCAGGAAUGCGUUUCAGAAUCGCAGUAGUAUUAUUAGGGUCUCUGUAUCUAGGACUUACAGUCAUCGGUGGUCAUCACUGGGACUAGAGGGGUUUUUUGUUUUCGUCUUCUCCUUUGUAUUAAAAAAUAGAUUUUGCUACUGUAUAAUGCGGCAUUUCAUGACUUCCUCUUGUUACUUUUUCAAGGUUAUUCUAAAGAGAUGGAGAUCUUUAUUAGGAGCUAUUUCUCAUAACAGUCUGCCUUGCUUAUUUUCAUACUCCCCCUGAAAUAAGCCUACUUUUGCAAACAGGCCAUAUGAAUCAAAUUUUAUGUUUGUUCCUCACAAAAUUUUCUAUACAUUAUUUGUUCCCACUUUGCUAAUAAUAAUAUAAUGAUUUUAUUGUAAAUCUGUGUUUUAAAUAUUUUAUAAUAGAACACUAAUGGAAACCUAAUAAAUACAAGCAAGAUGACUAUUACCCAAGAUAACAUGGAAAUACUUCUGUUUUUGAAGUUAACAACACCAUCUGCCCUCAAAGCACAUUUAGGUGUAUCAACUAAGACCAGCCAGUUGACAUGUUUUUCUGUGUGACAGCCUGCCCAUCAAUUGUCAGCUCUUAGCUAUCUUGUGUUCGCUGUGCUUGCAGCCGUAAGCUUUCCUCCUUUUUUGCUUAUCCCUGCUGUUUGUAGGGUUAGUGUGCCCUCUGUCAGAAAAUUGGGUUUUCUUUACUGUACCUGCAAAAUUACCAAGGGUUACCCCAAUAGUGUCUAAAGGAAUUAAAAAGAACUUAUUCUCAGUUGACAGAAGUAUUACUGUUUUACAUAGUUAAUUGGAAAGUUGGCCAACUUUGGUCACCUAUUUUUGAGUCUUGGCUAUGCCUUUGUAAUUAAUUACAUAUACCUUCUGAGACCUUCAGCUAAUCAAUGGGCCCUUCCCCAUUAGAGGUAGGUUCCCAACCUACAAAUAAUUUCCUGUGAUCCAUGGCAAGCCUCCAGAGAAAAGAUUCAAGCUUUGCACUGCCCUUUUGUUGGUUGUCACUGAAAACUUACUUUAUUUUAGAAAGUAUCAAAAAUACCAAAUUGGUCUUUCAGAGAGUGUGUAAAUCUGGGGCUUGCCCUUACAUUUCAUUUGUUAAACACCCUCAAACUUAAGAAAAUAAAUCUCUAGCUGGUGACAGUUUUGUGCCCCCCAUAAUAUAUUAAUCCAAAUCUACCAAGGUAACUAAGUGAUGGGUGUUUUCUCUCUUUUCUUACAAGCAAGAAAGUUUAUUUGCAGUUGUAAAAACGAUUACAGAACUCCAGGCCUAUUUGCUGUAACUGAUUGGAAAUAAUGAUUCUGAUUUUUAGUCUGGGUGAGCACAUACUUCUAACCCUUAUGGUGUGAAUUUUGAUAAGGGAAAGACUUGUUUGGUAGCCCAAGGAAAAACAGGAUGUGUUUAUACAGUGAAUGUUCACUCUGCAGAGGAACUUCCCUCCAGUUACAUCUUCCUCAUACAUUAGCCACCUCCACACCUGACAUAGGUGCCAACAUGUUUCAAAACCAAUCUUGAAGGAGCCUAAAGAGUUGAUGGUCCUCUAGGUGAAAGGCACGAAUUACUGUAUCACAUUUGCUUAUAUGGAGGUGUGUUUUUGCUAACUUGAAGGGAUAUACUGUAUUUCAAAUAAGUGUGUGACUUAAUAUUUUGGGAUUUUUUUUUUCCUCCUUUAAAAACUGGACCUGAACACAAGCUUUGAGUUGAUAUUUGUAAUAAUCUCAGGACCUGAAAGAUUGUAGCAUUUAGUGUGUCUUAAAAAUUAUGUACUGUACCAGCCAUGGAUUUUUGUAAAUAUACCUGUCUCCCUUUUUUGUAUUUUAGUAAAAAAAAAAUAAUAAAUUUAAAUAAAAGGGGGUGGUGAUGACAUGUGAAUGGGUGUGGGUAUGUGUGUGUGUGUGUGUUUGUAUAAGGCUCUUUUGAGAUGAACUGGUGCUUGUUUAAUUUCCAGCUCAAAUCGGAGCAGGAAUAUGGACAAACUGCUGCUACUGAACCCUGCACUGAGCCGAGGUAUUUCCAUUUGGUUAAUUAAACGCUAGCUACCAGGAAAUGACGCAGAAGUCACGUUCUUCUUCCCACUGCCAUCUUGCCUUUGCAUUCUCAGUUCUACGUGCCCUUUGAACUUUAAUGGUAAAACAUUUCAAACUUUGGGUGGUUUGCUUGUCUCUAGUUUUUAGAAAGCUCUUAUCACUCCUUCCUGAGAAAAAAGAAGGACAGAUAAAUUUUUUAACCAAAAUCACACAUUUCAUAAAACCCUGAUGAAUUUUGGAUAUGUGAGAGGGCAUAAACAUUCCUAAAUAUGGACCUGUGAAUUUAGUAAAUUAUUCCCAUGAAUAUACUCCUUCAGUGCAGGGAUUUUUGUGGGUUUUUUUGGUUUUUUUGUUUUUAAUUUUUUUUGCAACAGCCUUGCUCAUAUUCCAGGUGUAGCUAGCAAACCCCUGUUUUUGAAGCAAGAGCCUUAUUUGAUUCAGUGUAGGUGUUUCCUGUCUAUCCUUUGUGACAGGGCCUUUUAAUGAGUGUUUUUUCUUUUUGUAUAUGUUACGUGUUUGUUGUUGUAUUAAAUAAAGAGGAAUGUACAUACUA